AUGUAUUGGCCUUUGAAUGUCGCCCGUCGACUCUUACCUCCAGCCCUACCCUCGGACGGCGCAGGCCCUUCCUCGGAGCCCGCUGUCCACCUUUGCCCAUCACCGCCCUCUUUUCAGCCUUCGUACUUCAUCCUCCUCACUCCUUCUUGCAUUCACCUCUACUCCGUUCGUCCAGCUCAAGCAGUCGCAUCUCUUCGUCGUACAGAGAGGAGUUUGCAAGAGUAUGGCCACAAUGUACGAUGUCACUGGAGGCCGGGUAGCGUAGCAGCAGAGAUUGCAGUCGAGACUUCUUCUUCCUACCUCCUCAUCUAUUCCAUAGAGGCGGCCAGCUUGCAACAGACCUACUCCUAUGCGCCUCCUCCUUCCGCAAACAAGGCAGCUCCGUCAUCAAAGGCUCUCAAGGCUGCCUUUGCCGCAUCUGCUGGAGAGAUACCAGGCAGCUGGGCGGCAGGACAAGGCGAGCUGAGGGUUGGCGAGGCUGGAGGCAGUGACAAUGCAGGUCGGGCUGCGGGCAGGACAGGAGGAGCAGCACUUGAGAUCCAUCUCAAGUUGGCGCUGAGAGUCGACGCAGGUCUGAGCUGUGCUCUUGCCAUUACUUCCCAUCUACUCAUUGCAACGAAGUCUCCUCCAGCGGUCCAAGCGAUACCGUGGCCGGAUGAUACAUCAGAACAGCUCCAGACUACAGCCGUUCUCGCUUCCUUGCCUUGGUUCCAUAGUGGGACCGAGGCAUCGCAGCGACCUGACGAGACGCACGAGUCAGCAUCAGAGCCUCUGGGCGAGAACAAGGUCGAGGAGGCCGAGAUGAACGCUACUCCCAGCAAGGCGAAUGGCAAUGAAAUGGAAGCUACAGCACACGCUCACCAGACAGCGUCGACCCUGCGCGCCACGAACAUCAUCUCUCUACACUACUCUCGUGCGAUGCAUCUUUGCGUCUGGGUCGCCAGCGAUGGGAGGAGCUACGUAGCCAGUCUCGAUGACGAUGCCGAAUGGCUUGGGCGCUGCUUCCACAACCCUCCGCCCCGAAGACGGCGGAGUCGUGCUCACAGAGAGGGGAGCGAGGGCUUAGACGAGAGCAUAGACCGAGGAGAGGCGGAGGAAGAGACUCUACCGCUGGUGGAAGGAGGCAAAAGAGCUACUGUCGCGGCUAUCAACGCCAAAAUUGGGCUGAUAGCAGCUGGUCAAGAAGAUGGGACUAUCGAAGUGUUCGUCCUCCGCACACAGCAUCGUGCGGUACCAUCCCAUACCCUAUCACUCAGGGUAGCUCUGCGUUCCACUGCGUCCUACCUCACCUCCGGACCUGUCCGAGCGCUACAGUGGACUGCCGAUGGUCUUGCGCUAGCCGUCGGAUGGGAGAAGGGGUGGGCAGUCUGGUCAGCAUGGGGAAAGCUUAUGGGUCACUCUUUCACGGACUCCCACUUGACAAAUCGAAGCAAGAACUUCUCGGACACCUUCAUGGACGGACUGACAGAUCUGUUCUGGGGACCAGGAGGCACGAACCUGAUUGUCCUUGCAGGCGCUGCUAAAGGCAGUAGGAUCGAUCCUCAUCGUCAGCUGUUCUCUAUACCAUUCGCCAAGUCAGCUGUCGCGGGUCAACAUUCGCCAGACAAUACUAGAUUUGCCUUCAUUCAGCUUGACGACUCGCUGCUAGUCUAUCGAGGCUCUGAGCAACCCGACAUGUCUAUCAUUAAUCCCGAGUCUGACGUAUGGCAUCACAUCAAAGUGCCUCAGGACUACUUUGCUCGCAAUUGGCCUAUCCGCUAUGCCUCGAUCAGCACUGACGGUCGACUGAUUGCCGUUGCUGGUAGAAGGGGACUGGCUCACUACUCUGCCAUAUCCGGUCGGUGGAAGAUCUUCUCUUCGACCGAUGAGGAAGAAGCAUUCCAAGUCAGAGGCGGCUUGCAAUGGUAUGAGCAUGUCCUCAUUGCAGCUUGCCAGUCGGGGGAUGCGGCUCAGCUCCGACUCUACUCGAGAGACACAGACCUCAGCAACGCCAAUCUGCUUCAUAUCGAGAAUGUCUCUGCGCCGGUCAUCUUGACCAGCUUGUUCGAGGAUUCACUUUUGGUAUAUACCAGCGACAACACCUUCUACCACUUCUUGAUCGUCAUCACGAGGGAUUCCAUCAAUCUGAGCUUGUGCGGAAGUAUCACAUUCGAAGGAGUGGUAGGCGAGCCCGAGAGGGUGAGGGGAAUGAGCUGGAUGAUUCCCAAAGGCCAACAGCGUUUCGGAGAUCCCAUGGACGAUCUGACGGUGGCGACGAUAAUCUUCCUCGUCGACGGAAAGCUUGUCCUUCUUCGCCCUCGCAAAGCCGAGGACAAUGAAGCAGAGGUAGCCUACGACAUGCAGAUCCUCGGCGACCGAAUUGAGUAUUACUGGACCCAUUUGCAGGGCAUCGGCACCCUUGAGAACUCACUGUGGGGCUAUGACGGUACAGGCAUCAAGCUGUGGCUCGAUGCUCUGACUAUAGAGCAGGCUCGGCCUCACAAUGGCAGUAUCGUGGAUUCUGAUGAAGCAGGAUCAGAGUAUGAAUACGAGGAUGAGGCACCCGAGUACAAGACAAUCGAGGAGUCGCUCAGCAUGCCACUGGACUUCUAUCCUCUUUGUAUUGUGCUCGAGAAAGGCAUUAUAAUCGGUGUAGAGCCGGAGGUGUCCCUUCGUCGGAAUCUUGAAUUUGCCAUCUUCAGAAGCGCUACGACAACGCACCUCUUCCUCCACCAGUUACUGCGCUACUAUCUCGAGCACGGAAGGAUGAGAGAGGCAGUCACUUGCGCCUCCUUCUACCAGUCCCUGGUCUAUUUUCCUCAUGCACUGGAAGUCUUAUUGCAUGCCGUUCUCGAGGAUGAGGCAGAGGGAGACGUGAACGUAAUGACGCACAGUAACUCCAACGGCUCCAUCGCUGAUACAGGUAUUGGAGACACAAGCAUGGCAGAACCUGCGAUUGGUGACGGAAAUGGCGUCACUCGUCGUCAGUCGCUUGACGAUGUUAGCGGUCGACCACUGCUACCGAUCGUCGUCGACUUCCUCGACCAUUUCGACGAGUCUCUGUCCGUGGUGGUAGCCUGCGCCCGCAAGACGGAAGUAGAGCGCUGGCCGUACCUCUUUGGAGCAGUAGGGGAGCCAAAGGUGCUCUUUGAAAAGUGCCUAGCAGCAGGCAGCCUCCAGACGGCGGGCUCGUAUCUGCUAGUCCUUCAGACUGUCGAGUCACUGGAAGAAAGCAUCGCUGAUACGGCGCGGCUUCUAGCAUUGGCGGCGCAACGUGAAGAGUGGGUUCUGUGUCAAGACCUCUUGAGGUACACGCGCAGCAUGGACGAGAGCGGCCAGGCGCUGCAGCAGGUCGUCAAGCAGGCUGGCAUUCUCCAGGAACUGCCAGAUUCGCCGAGCGGCGCAUCCUUCCGAUCAUACCCUCCAGCGCCGCCACCGCUGAUGAGGACUGUCUCUGGCAGCACGACCUUGGAUGUGACGCACGAGGAAGAAGAGGGGGAAGAAGAGGAGGAAGUCAUGAAUGGGCAAGAGGCAGAAACAAGCGGGUACAGCGAAGAUCAAAGUGGACAGAGUCUCGAAGGUUUCGCAAGCCACUCCGCCUCUUCCUCUUCUGCCAACCUUAGCGCCGACUACUUCCGCGCUUCGCCUCAGCGUCGUCUCUCUGGCAGGUCGAGCUUCGCCAGUAGCCCUGUUGGCGGAGCCGGGGCAGGUGGUGCGAGUCGAUUGGGAGGGACGUACUCGACGUCGGACUCGCCACUUGCUUCGCCCCCGUUAGCGCCGCCUGUGCCUCAGCUGACGGUCAACGGGAGGAUCAUGCCAAGCAUGGCGUCACGAGGAGGCGGAUAG